AUGGCCACCGAGACAUCCCCUCGGGCCGUACGGUUCUCCCAAGGCGAGGACGAUCAGGUCCGACCCGACAAGGGCAAGUCCAUCUACCGCCCGCACGCCAUCACCAUCGACUCGGGCGAGUCAGGGUCCUCCGGCGAUUCGCAUCCAGACCAGAACGGCAUCGACGCUCUCGAACGCCAGGACGAGCUGGGCUCUUUGGUCAGAUAUGCCGACGCAUCUAGUCACUCCAGUUCCAUGUCUUCGUUGGUGCCCAACUCCCUCGUAAACGGCGCGGGAAGUCGUCACCGCGCGGCGACUGCAGAAGCCACGCCGGUCUAUACCAACGGGGCGUCAACAAGACCUCAAAGACCGACCGGCCCGGCCAGAACACCAUCGAAUACCUAUCAGCCGCAGCGCCGACCAGCGCAACAGGGACCAUCCUAUAUCAAUACCAACUCCGACCACCGAUCCACCUCCAGGCCACGAGCCAUAGGGACCUCGACCUUCGCACGCCAGGAACGGGCUUAUGUUCAGAGGUUAAGGCAGACGGAUGCACAACAACAAGACUACAACUUCCCGGAUGGUUAUUCGUACCCUGUAGAUGACCGGGAUCCUGACAGUGAUUCGGAAGGUGAAACACCUAGCUCAGAAGCACCUUUUGGCAAUGAGCAGGAGGACGACUCGAGGAAUCUGUUUCAGCCUAAUGAAGAUGUCGAGCCAACCGAUGAGGAUGUCAGGGAUCCCGACAGUCGAGAAAGGUUAGAGUGGCACGGCAUGUUGGCAGCCGUGCUCACUGGAGAUGUUGUCCGGCAGGAGAAGAAGCGACUGAUUGGGUCAUCUGAGCAAGAGAUUGGCAAGACAGCACAAAAAGCGGAGCUCUGGCUCGGAAUUCGCUCGAGAAUAUGCGGACGACAUCUUGCCGUGCAGCGGCGGAUGGUUGAAGAAGCCCGAGGUACUUUGGAUCGCACAAUCGACGACAUUAUCAACUUCACAAUAGCUGGCGAGAGCGAAGCAGGCAAACCCCCAAUCGAUCAAGUGCGAGACGUUGUGCAGAAAAUCGAAAAGGUCGAGACCCUCUACCCUUCUCGAGCCUCUCUGCUAGCGGCUCAUAAAUCAGCAUCAUCGGUACUAUUCCAGGAGGCUUGCGACACAGUCCUCGCCUGGUACAAUAUCAACGAGUUGAUCAGAACUGAACUCUUCGUGCUGAGGAGUUGGGUAGGAAAUGACGAGCUUGACUUCUUACGGACGAAGGAACGUUCGCCAGUUGGUAAUGGUAUCAGCGACGAAUCCUCUUUCUUGGACAAGCUUUUGAAGGAGGAUGGAUUGAAGUCUUUGCACGACCACAUUGAAGAAGAAUCUAUGGGCAAGAGCUAUCGUAAGAGUAUGCUCAAAGCUAUCACAACAACAAUAGUAAAAGCCAAGGAGACCUUAAUCAUGAACCACGAGGCGUUCCAGAAGCGGCACCUUCCCCCGUACAUGGAGGACCUUCUCACACUGAUCAGUUUUCCAUCUCGCCUGAUCGAGGAAAUUAUCAAGGUCCGCCUGGCCUAUGCGAAGAAGAUGAAGGAGUCUGCACAGCAGAAUCCAAUGCUGCAGGACCAAAUGAUUUCUCAGUUUCAGGUUCUUUUGAACCUUGCCAUCAGCAUCAAGCUAGAAUACCUGGAGAUCUUUCAACCUGAACCAGGUUGGGAGCUACCCCCUUGCAUUGAUGAGGCCUUUGACCAGGUUGUACUCGAUGCGCUGAAGUAUUAUUUCAAAAUGCUAAAUUGGAAAUUGAAUGGCAACAAGAAUACUUUCAAGGAAGCCGAACUGCUAUUCCAGGAGUGGGGUUUCAUUAACUACAUCGGCAGUCACCUACAUCACGGUGAUGUGGAGGUUGCUGAGCAAUUUAGCAAUCUGACAUUCAAGGCCUUCAAUCGGUUGAGUCUCACUUUCGAGAGGGAACUCCAGCGUCGACCGAAAGAGAGCGCCUUUGAAAUGAGCAGGAGAUACAAACAAAUCUUGGACUCUGUCCGGGUGCGGCAGAGGAUGCUCCAACGCUUCUCACGCCAGCUAAGUGAGAACUAUGAGAAUGCCACGGAUUUCAGCGUAGCUUUUGGGCCUGAGAAGCUUGACGACUUAUAUGCCCGUCUCGCUGAAUCUGGCCAUUUUCAAGUCUACACGGGCAGCUUAGAACAUGAAGGUGUCAUUCUCGUGGCAUCGCCUGCGCUGCAAGGCCGACCUGAGGAGAUACAGUCGAUCAUCGGCACAGCCUCUUACGAGCACAUCUCUGAAGAUCCCACGGAUCCUUACAUUCUCAUCAUCAAGGCCGAGAAUGCCCCAAGCUGGUACGGACCACAGAUAUCAUUGACGGUCCGAGAGGAGCCUUUAGACCUCAAGCUCGGCCACAUCCGACUAGUUGCAGGCGGCUCACAAGUCCGUCUGGUAAACGCCAAGAAGACAUUCCUGGACCUUAUCGACACGCAACUCGAUGUUGUAGUUGAGCAGAGAUCAAAUUUAAAGAGAGUCAAUCAGAGACUCAUGGACAUUCGAAAGGUCGCAUACAGGCUGUCCAAUACAUUCAUGGACAGUGUUGAAACUAUUCGAAGUCAAACGCAAGGCCUGGCUGUUCAAGAUCUGAUUCAAACAUGUUUCGUCUUCGCUACAGAAUUUGGUCAGCGGUCGCUGUUGUACAUGGACAGCAAUCGACGGCAGAUGAACAACAUCAAGCUAACGAAAUUGGCUCUUGAUUGGGUAAGCUUCAUUUGCGACGACUGCGUCUCGUCUGACCGCAAGACAUUCCGUUGGGCAGUGCUCGCCUUGGAAUUUGCCAUGGGUAUGACUAGGGGGAGACAUAUUCUUGCUUUAGGGGAUGAUGAAUAUGCUAAAUUGCGAGCAAAGGUAGCGGGGUGUAUGUCGCUGCUCAUUUCUCAUUUCGACAUCAUGGGUGCAAGGUCGAGUGUUGCCGCGCAAGCCGAACGCCAGCGAGUCGAGGCACUCAUGGGACAAUUCAAACGUCUGGAUAAGGGCAAGAUUGUGGAUGACCACGAGGCGUCAUUAUUUGUUCUUGAACAUAGGCUAGAAGAGCUUUCCAGGAUCGACGAUGCCAGGAAGCAGAUUUUGGCUGAGAGGUCUGCUUUAGGCCGAGUGCUAGAAGCCUCGAACGAGGUUGACCGAUCUCUUGCUUACCUCUCAUCUACCGCCACAAACUUCACAAUGAGAUGGCAGCAGGGUCACUUUGUCGGUGGUGGCACAUUUGGUAAUGUGUAUGCAGCGAUGAACCUCGACACUGGUCACCUCAUGGCUGUCAAGGAGAUUCGUUUGCAGGAUCCAAAGCUCAUCCCCACGAUUGCAACACAGAUCAAAGACGAGAUGCGAGUUUUGGAGUCCGUGGACCAUCCAAAUGUCGUUUCUUAUUACGGCAUUGAAGUCCACCGGGACAGAGUCUACAUAUUCAUGGAGUUUUGCUCUGGAGGCUCUUUGGCAAAUCUUUUGGAGCACGGGCGAAUUGAGGACGAACAAGUCAUUAUGGUUUAUGCACUACAACUCCUAGAAGGUCUUGCUUACCUUCAUGAGGUCAAGAUCUGCCAUCGUGACAUUAAACCAGAAAAUAUCCUGCUCGACCACAAUGGCAUCAUUAAAUAUGUCGACUUUGGUGCCGCCAAAGUCAUUGCUCGUCAAGGCCGGACUUUAGUUCAAGACUUGACGUCUACGAAACCAAACAAGUCCAUGACCGGCACACCGAUGUACAUGUCACCUGAAGUGAUCAAGGGAGAGAACCCUGGUCACUUCGGUGCCGUGGACGUCUGGUCUCUCGGAUGUGUCAUCCUUGAGAUGGCCACUGGCCGGCGACCGUGGGCUAAUCUCGACAACGAGUGGGCCAUCAUGUACAACAUUGCUCAAGGCAAUCCCCCACAACUACCGACUACAGAUCAGCUUAGUCCGGAAGGUAUUGACUUCCUCAAGCGCUGCUUCGUCCGCGACUCUACAAAGCGAGCAACUGCUGUUGAGUUGCUUCAACAUGAAUGGAUCAUGACAAUCCGUAACCGUGUUGUGGAGCCUUCGACACCUAGUGACACGAGCUCAUCAGCACAGAAUACACCCAAUACGGCUUCUGCCUCAAGUAGGGGAAGCUUUGGGGUGGACGGCUUCUACUAG